AUGAGAACUCAUUCACAAAUGCUUCGUGCUAUAGCUGCACAUAUUGGAAUCAUUGGUGGUACAAUAACUUAUGUUUGCAUUGGUGCGGCCUUGUUCCUGUACCUUGAACGACCUAUCGAAAUUAUAUCACGCCAAUAUCACCUUGCCACUUAUGAAAAAAUCAAAUUUGCAGCUCGAAUAUUUGAGGGUUAUUAUUUAAAUAAUGGAAUGAAGGAAGAUCAAUGGAACAUAGCUUCAUCGAUACUUUUUGCUGCCACAACGGUCAUUCCUGUUGGUUACGGUUUUGUUACACCAAUUACUAAGCUUGGACGAUUUAUUGUUAUAAUUUAUGCUCUUAUUGGUGCACCAAUGUCAGUAACAGGUUUGUGUUUCCUUGGAUUUUUAAUAGCCUAUGUAUUUAUCGGAGCUAUAUUAUUCUCAUUAUUUGCCCGAAUUACUUACCUUGAAGCGGCAUACUUUUCCAUCACAUCCGUUUUUACGAUCGGUUACGGUGAUACUCACCCUCCCAUUCCUGUACCAUAUCUCAUUUUAUACAUUAUAAUUGGUGUAAUAUUGGUAACAAUAACGGUAGAAGUAUUAGCUGCUGAAGCAAUUGAUCAUAUUCAUUAUAUGGGUCGUCAUGUUGGUAAAGCACGGAAAAUCACCCGAAAAGUUUAUAAGAUGGCACGUGCAAUGAACGUACGUCGCAGUUUCAAUACUGGUUUAAUGCAAAUCGAAUCAUUUAUUCGUUUGGCUUUAAUAUUUGGUAUGAUGAAAACAAGUGGAGAUAAAGAGGCGGAAAAUGUUACCUCAUCAUAUAAUAUUAAUAUACCUUUUACGCCAACCAAUGAUGAUAUCACAUUUGCUGAUGAAGAUGAAUCGAAGAGAAUUUUAAAUGUGACUGUUAAUUAA